AUGGCGCAGGGGCCGGGGCGGGGGCAGGGGCCCUCCCCGCCGCCCUCCCCGCCUCCCCCGCCCCAGCUGCUGGACGCGGUGCUCCAGAACCUCUACGACUUCGGAGAGACAGAAGAUGAAGCAGAACGGAAAAGGACCAGAAGGAAAAAGGAAAACAAGAAGAGAGAGGCGGGGGCCCCAGUGGCAUUGGGAGCCGAGCCCGCUCCCCCACCUGGUUCUCCCGUAAGAGGCCCGAGGAAGAAGAGGGCUGCGACCUUCUUCUCGGAGCUCCGGGCGGAGCUGCAGCAUGCCCCCUCCGUGACCCUCCCAGAGGCCCCCGAGGGGCCGCCAGCCCCUCCGGCUGCAGCCUCGCCCUGUCCCUGGAGCAGGAGGGAGCCCGUGGAAGUGGUGGAAUUCCACAGCAGGAAUAAGAAGCGGAAACAGACGCCGGACCAAGAUGAGAACACCAAGACCAAAACUAACCUCGUUGAGAAAGAUGUGACUAUACAAGAAUUCAACUUGGAAAAGGCCCGGCUGGAGGUGCACCGGUUCGGGAUCACGGGCUACGGCAAAGGGAAGGAGAGGCUCCUGGAACGGGAGCGCGCCAUCAUGCUGGGCGCGCAGCCGCCCAAAAAGAGCUACGUGAACUACAAGGUUUUGCAGGAGCAGAUCAGAGAGAAGAAGGCAGCCAAGGAAGAGGAAAGGAAGAUGGCCCGGGACACAGAGAUUUUCAAGAAGAAGAAGAGGAAAGGGCCUGAGGAGGGGAAGCCCAGGAAGAAGAAAGCAGCGCCCAGCAUUCUGUCCAAUGGGCGGGUUGGCCAGGUUGGAAAAUUCAAAAACGGGACGUUGAUUCUGAGCCACGUGGACAUCAGGAAGAUCAACUCCUCCCGAGCGGCCAAGUGA